CGUCGCUGUUGCCAUGGGAACGGCUGUGGCGUCGCCGCUGUGGGAGCGCAGCGGGAGUCGUUGUGAUGGCUGAGGCGGGAUCUUGCCUCCCAUCUUGUGCCCAGGCUCCGGCGUAAGAUCCGUGUUGGUGGGCAUUCCGUGUUUGUGUGAACAGACAGCCGAACUUUUGCUCUUGAGCUCAGUUAUCCAUCUGAUGUUUCUGAAAUAGCUUCUCCGCAGCACCGAGGUCCUGCUUUUAGCUGGAAUCUGUCAACCAACAGCUGAAGAACCGAAGGAACAGACAAUACUGGGAACCAUGAACAACAAUAAUUUUGUGAUACUCCCGGGUUCAAAAAGUGGAACCUCUGUGAGAUUAAAAGCAAAAUCUGUCAGAGAAUUGCGGCUGGAAAAAUUACAGUUGGAAAGGGAAAACAAAGAGGUGGAGAAGAAAUUACGGCAACUGCAGUCCAAUAUGAGCAGAGAAAAAGAGGAGAGAAAGAAAUCAAGUGCUUAUCAUUGGAAGUCUGGACAAGCAGGAGCAAUGGCUAUCCAAGCCCGACUUUUAUCACAAAACAAAGAAAAAAUCAAUAAGGUUUCUUCAGGAAAAGUGAAGUUGCAGCUACUGAAAGAACCACUUCAAGCGCCGGAGAAAGAACCAUUUAAGCAUGAAAUGUCAAAUUAUGGAGCUCAUGAAAAAUCUGAAGCAAAGGAGAUGGUUUCCCCUUGUCCACAUACUAAGAAUGCAGGGCUGACAGAAGCCAGUACACGUGCUGGAGAACUGCAAGUUGUUGAUCGCUUCAGAUUUACUUCAUCGAUGAAUGAAAGAAAAAUUAAUCAUGAGGAGAAGGUGAACGGCAAGCAUGGGGUCACUUCAAACAAGUUGCCAUCCUCACCAGCAUCAGCAGGCACUGUUGAGGAGCUCUCUUCAGAAUCAGACUGUGCAGGCCUUGACAAUCAGGACACAGGGAUGUUACUAAAUGGUAUGUUUAAUGAGGAAGAAUCUGCAAAGAUUUUUCAGGAAGCUUUGAUUCAAUGGAGGAACGGUAAUCAUGACCUCAGGCCAGAGCAGCAUAGUGGUGAAGUUCUACCAGAAUCUGUGGAAAAUCAUGAGGUACAGACCAGUCUUUCUGCUAUGAAAGAACACGUCCAAAUUCAAUUCAAGGAGAGCGGCCUGAGCUACAUGGAGAAACUCUUGCUUAAGAAAUACAAAAGGACUUAUGUUGAUGAAAUACCUGCUAGUUGCCUUAAAGAUUUAAGGCCUGAACAUAAACCAACUGCAUUAUGCAAAGCUGUGACUGAAGGAGAGGGAAAAGGAGAUGCUUGUCAUACAGAUGAUUUAACAGUUGAAGAGGUGAGGAGAUACUGGACAUCUGUUUUUAAAGAGGAAGAAUCCAAGAGCAUUACAGAAAGUGCGGAGUCCUCUCUGAAAAUUGAAUUUCUUGAUGAUUCUUAUGACGUGGAGUUGGAAGAAUCAUGUAACUUCUUGGUGUGUGAAGCUGAGGCUGCAGGAGUGAAUAAUCAGAGAAAUAUUGAACCAUCUGAAGAGUUUGGAAGUGCUUCAGCAAUUGCAGAUCAGCAAAACACAAUACCAGACCUCUUGCCAAAAGAGACUGCAGCCACAGUGAAGUCAUCCUGUCACUCAACUUUUGUGGCUGAUGCUCAAAAUUUUUUACCUUCUCCUGAUGGAAAUCUUGUUUCCUCUAAAGAAAUCUUGCAAGGAGAUGGGAGAUGGGUUACUGACAUGAGCUUAAACAAACAUGCGGAUGAGUCUGUAGUUCAGGCUGUCUUAAAAAGUCAAAUGAGUAGAUCUUCAAGUGGUCUCAAGACUCUUAGAAUUUCUCCUCUGGUAACAUGCAGACCAUACUCAGGAAAUGAUUCUAUCAGGUCUCAGUCAACAGAUGUGCUACAACAUAAACUGACCAGAGACUGUGCAAAAUACACUCAUCCGAGACCAAAGAGUUCACCUAUGCAUACAGUUAGAGCUAAUACUGAGAUAUCACAGGACAAGUGUGUUGAUGUAAUUAAACAAGAUGAGCAUCAUUGGGAAUAUAUUGCUGACCAAGAAGCCUUACUCUGUCUGGAAAAAGAAUUACUAACCUAUAUAGAUUCUCAAGAAAAACUUUACGGCCUAACUUCUGAAGAUGUAACCUCCUCUAACAGAUGCUCAAGGAAGAUAUAUGGAAGUGUUACAGAUUUCCAUAAAACUCUGGAUCUAAAAGACCACAGCAGAGCUGAUAUGCUUGGGGGCUGUGAUGAAGACCAAAUAGAUGAUGAGGAAGAAAUUCUGGAGGAUAAACGGCAGGUUCUUGCAUUACAGUAAACGUGUGAAGAAUUCAAUGAUUUUGUAUCUUUGCUUUUCAUAUAAAAACAGAGAAGCAGAUGAAGUAAUUAUUGAGUGCUGUUGAUGUUAUUUCUUAAGGACUAUUUUGUAGAUUUGUAAAUAAAAACUUUUAAAAAUGA